CCACCUUAGAUAUAAGUUGAUCCUUUCAUCCCCCUUUUCCCUAAUUUCGCCCAACCGACCUUUAAAUACGACGAAGGUCGCGCGUUUUUUCUUGUCCUUUUCUCUGGUUUUCUUUUUCAAUUCAUUCUCGUUGCACCUUUUUUCUUUCUCUUUGUCUCUUUCUUCUUCUUUCUCUCUUUAAUAACAUGAAGUUCCUUACUUUGGCCUCGUGCUUUAUCGCCACCGUGGCAACCGUUACGGCUCAAUUGACGGCGCCCAUGAAAAAUUACAAUGUGACAAGUCCCGUCAGCAAUGGUCCUUAUGUUGUCGGACAAAUUCUGCCCUGCACCUAUCGUUUGUUCCAAGACAUUGAUAGUUCAAUGCUGAGUCUGAAGAUUACACUGGAACCCGCCACCAAUGCUCCCCCUGGCACUCCUACGAACGCUUCCUCUGUUAUUACGAUUGCUGAUAAUGCCGAUGUGUCCAAGACCGAUGCUUCGGCCAAGCGGGACGGCAACACCACCUUUUACGAGCAUUCUAUCAACUACCGCAUUCCCGAUACCGUGGUGCCUGGCAAUUACAAGGUUGUUUUCAAGGAUAUGUCGACCAACACUGAUUUGCCCGUGCCCAUCUCUAUCCGUCCUGCCGCUCAAGCCUCGUCUUCUUCGCCUGCUGGCAGUGCUGCCACUCCCAGCAAGUCUGGCAGCAUCUUUACUGCCGACUCGGCCGCUAUUGGUGUCAGUGAAAGUCUCACUAUGAACACCAUCUUGGCCUUGGCCGUGGUGGCCGGUGUAGCUUUGAUGCUUUAAACCGAGGAAAAAUACCCCAAUCCCAUUCUUUCUAAAGCGCACGUGUUAUAAUAGCUCUCCUUGUUCAUAUUACUGAAAUUCUCACUCAUUUAGCCGAUGUUCUUCAUCGUUCUUAAUUUUUCUUCUUUUCUAUUAACCAUACUUUCAGUCUUUUUUCUGUUGUUGUCAUUUCAAAUGUCUUUUUAGUCUCAAAAACCGUCACCCCGUAAUACAUGCGUGUUCAGCACCUCGUCCGCCAAUAAAAAAAAGUUUAUACACAUCCAUUCUCCUGCGCACCGGGAUUCUUUGUUCUUUCAAUGCGCCG